GAGGCUCUGGCCAGGGUUUGGGAUCAACAUACUUCCCACAAUCCAACCCCGUCGACCUGCAUUCCCAACUCCCUCAACUCCAGGCUCGAUGGGUGGCUGUGCAAGCAAACCAAACACUCAGGAUGGCCCCAACCCUGAGGUCCUUCCAGUAGAGAACACAGCUGCCCCCGAGCAGACCGUGAGAUCGGUCGACGGUGAUGCUUCUACUGAGGCCAAGACUGAGAAUGUUGAGGAGAGCAAGGAGGAACCUUUGGUUGAUCUCUCUGAGCCCAAACCAGAGGAAUCCACGGCUGCCGCAGGUGAGGAGCUGGCUCCUGGGAUCAGCGAGCUGAAGACAGAGGCACCUGUUGAGUCUGCAGAGGCAAAGGAAGAGGAAGAGGCUGCAGACGACGAGGUCGCCGAGAAGGCUGAAGAGGCCGUUGCUGAGAAGACCGAGGAAGCCGCCGAGCACCUGGUGGAGAGCUCACAUUAAAGGGAAGAAUUGUAAUAUGUAUUCAGGAAUUAUUCAAUAAUGCUGUGCUUUGAGCAAAGAAGAAUGAGAACCUGAAUUGUGUUAUCUUUUCAUCAUUGAAUUCUAAUUGUGGGGUAUGUUCGAUAUGUCAGGUUGAUUUAAUCUAUAUAUGAGAUUUACCCUA